GUUAUUCAGGCGAAGCGUACUCGUUCGUUCGUUGAGGGGCAAAGGGUCUGAAAUCCCUAGGGUUUUGGAGGGAUUUACGUUGGAUUUCUCUCAUCUUUCCUUUUUCUAUCAGCAAAUGUCGGUCGCAUCUCAGUCUUUCAAUGGAAACCUCAAGAAAGCAGUUGCUGGCUUAAGACGUAUCAAUUUGGACGGACUGAGAUGGAGAGUCUUUGAUGCCAAAGGCCAGGUCCUAGGGCGAUUAGCAUCACAAAUAUCAACAGUGGUUCAAGGCAAAGAUAAGCCUAUAUAUGCCCCUAAUCGUGAUGAUGGCGACAUGUGCAUUGUGCUUAAUGCUAAAGACAUCUGUGUCACUGGGAGAAAACUUACUGAUAAAUAUUACCGAUGGCACACUGGGUAUAUUGGCCACCUCAAGGAAAGGAGUUUAAAGGACCAGAUGGCGAAGGAUCCUACAGAAGUCAUUCGGAAAGCUGUCCUUCGCAUGCUCCCAAGAAAUAAACUGCGUGAUGACAGAGAUCGUAAGCUGAGAAUAUUCUCGGGCAGCAAGCAUCCGUUUGGCGACAGGCCCCUUGAACCAUACGUGAUGCCACCUCGACAAGUUCGUGAACUGCGCCCACGUGCAAGACGAGCCAUGGUUCGAGCACAAAAGAAGGCUGAGCAACAAGAAGAAGGUGGUAAUAAGAUUAGCAAAGGUAAAAAGAGAGAGGAAAUCUCAGAACGGUGCGUCUGAAUUCUGGACCCAUUAUCCUACUUUGGACAGCCAAUCAAAUUCAGGCUCUUUUGAAGGUUCCAUUAAUGUGACCAGCUUCUCUUUUUUCUUGGUAUGGAGUAUUGAAUAAUUUAACAUUUGAGGAGAGGCAGUUUGCAGUACUCUUGGUAGAGAGAAAUUAGAAGGAGUUUCUUUAUUAUAAAAUGUAUUGAGAUAUUAAUUUGGUUAAAGAUUUUAAGAAAAUUGUUAAAGAAAUUAUAAAAUGCAUUUGGGAGUUCGUUGCAAUUUCUUUUGGCAAAAGUUAAGG